GACACCCACCCAAAGCAGUGAAAGUUGCCAGCUACUUAAUAAGAAAAAAAGACGAGGUGUGAUAGAAAAGAGACGUCGAGACCGGAUAAACAACUCACUUUCUGAACUUCGGCGUCUCGUUCCUGCAGCUUUUGAGAAACAGGGCUCAGCGAAAUUAGAAAAAGCAGAGAUAUUACAAAUGACAGUAGACCACUUGAAGAUGCUCCACGCCAAAGGAUUUGACGCCUUUUCUUUCGAUCCACACAAAUAUGCAGCAGACUACCACAGUUUAGGUUUUCGAGAAUGUGCCACAGAGGUAGCACGCUACCUGGUGGCGAUUGAAGGAAUGGAUCUUCAAGACCCACUUCGCUUGCGACUGAUGAGUCAUCUCCAAUGUUACGCUGCUCAACGAGAACUUGUAAUGAAGCCAUCAGCAUCGCACAACCCAUGGAACCCAUCUGCACCAUUUAGCUCUGUUCCACCCCCCACGCCUCAACAUCCCCCACCUCCUGUAGCGCCACCUUGUGCUUCGAGUAUAACAUCAUCAAACAUCUCUGCUAUGGACUCUUCAAACGUUUCUUACACGAACAUGGACACAAGGUUUAAUCAUACCUACUCCAGUGAUACAAGUGCUUUAUCAUUAGGGGCUCAUUCAGGUCCUCACAUGACACGCGUGCCUCCUAACCAUGCCCCAUCCCUUUCUUCCUCGGCCAUAUCGCCAUCCAUUAAUCCAAAUAGUUCAUCCAUGGUACCAACGUUAGGUCAAAUGCAAGUGAGCCAGUAUAUAGGAUCAUAUGGUGGAUUAUCAUCAGCAAACUACGGGCCUCCUGGGGGUCCUCAGUCUACGUCU